AUGUUGUUAAAUAUCGUUCUUGGUUUUGCUUUUGCUGCCGUUGUUGCCGCGAAACCAAUUGCCACAGACGAUUAUGGGAAUACUCUUGAGACCAGAGGGGGAAAUGUCCAGGUCUCCGAAACGGAUCUUACCAACAUGAAGUUUUACUCUCAGCACUCUGCCGCUGCAUACUGCAACUACAAUACGGCUGUUGGAAAGCCCAUUGUGUGUAAAGACACGGCAUGCCCUCUUGUCAUGCAGAACAAACCUGUCGUGAUAGCCUCCAUGGUUGGCCGGCUUACCGGGAUCGGCGCCUACGUAGCCAUCGACUCUAUCCGCCAGGAGGUCAUCUUUUCUAUCCGUGGCAGCAAUAACAUUCGCAACUACAUCACCGACGUCAUCUUCGCCUGGCGCAGCUGCGAUCUCGCACACCAGUGCAAACUCCAUACCGGUUUCGCCGAGGCCUGGGAUGAGAUCAAGGACGCUGCUUCUGCAGCCAUCAAGUCUGCUCGCGAGAAGAACCCCGGCUAUAAAGUUGUAAUAACUGGCCACUCCCUGGGGGCGGCCGUCGCAAUCAUUAGCACAGCCUACCUCCGCCGCGACGGUAUCCCAAUUGAUCUGUAUACAUAUGGCGCCCCCCGCGUGGGCAACGACAAGUUUGCAAAUUGGUUCUCCAGCCAGCAGGGCCGGCAUUGGCGGGUCACACACGAGAACGACCCUGUGCCCCGUCUUCCCCCCAUCUUCACCGGCUAUCGGCACGUCACCCCGGAGUACUGGCUGUCGGGCGGGGAUGCCUUCCAGACAGUCUACGACCUCUCCGAAAUCCGUGUCUGCAAGGGCAUCGCCAACAUCAAGUGCAAUGCUAGCCGCUUCAUCACCGACAUCCUUGCCCAUUUGUACUACCUCGGCUACACCGGUGGCUGCUCCGCCUCCCCAUUGAGGCUGAGAGAUGGCCAGGAGGAGGAUCCUUUGCCUCAGGACCUCAAGGACCGUCUUACCGCUUGGAGUCAGAAGGACCAGCAGUUUGUCGAGGAAAAUGACAUCUAG